AUGUCUCACCCCGAAGACAUGGAUUCGCCUGGGUCUGACGAUCCAGAUGCUAUGGUUACACAGCUGCUGAGCCAGCUGGAGAGCUCGACUCCCGGCCCAGCAGCACCAGCCAUUGAGUCCGGAUCUCAACAGCGAUCCGAAGAGGUACAGCAGCCCCGGGAGCCUGAACCCAUGAAGAUUCUGGAUAUUGAGAUCCAUGUCCCCAUAGUCGACAAUCCUAGCGACUAUGAAUAUCUUCCGGGCCACUUCAAGGUCCGACGUAUCCUGCGGGUCGACUCGAGUAAUCCCGAGAGGCCGUUGUACACUGUUCGCCUGGCCAGUGACGAGCGUUCAACUAUGUCGCGCGAUACCUUCAUGAGUCUCGACAACAGCGCCCAGGCUCUGGACGAUUUCGUUCCGGAGUCCGAAUCAGAUGAUGAACUCAUGACGGUGGGAUACGGAUCUCACCAACGCUUCGAGUUUGGUGGGGAUGGAACAAGAUACGGGAAGCGAGCUCGCGCCGCCGGACGGAGUAGUCGACCACGUCGCCAUGGAUCCUCUGCACACGGUAGUUACGCCGCCUUUUAUGAACCCCCGGAAUCCUCCAGCUCCGAGGAAGAUGAAGACGAGUCAAGCGACGAGCUUAAUAAACGCUAUCCCAAAAGACGCCGUCGGUCGACCAGAACGAGCAGAAGAGUAAUCCUAUCUUCCGAUGAGGAUGAUGAUUCCUCUGCCGAGGAAGCCCCAACUCGUGCUUCCACUCGUACUCGGAAGUCCGUUCGGAACAAUCUUCGGGAGCGAUUGGAAGAUGAUCUAUCGGAAGCUGAGAGUGACGCGCCCAAACGUCAAAAGUACUCCGGGGCUCGAGAGGCGUUUCCCGAGCUUCCACGGGAUGACGAGUUUAGAUUGCGACACUUUGCCUGCUGUUCUUCUUGCAACUACUAUGAAGACGAUGAGGUCAAGGGGCCCCUUGUCUUCUGCCAGGGUUGCAGCUCAUCGUUCCACCAACAGUGCCUUGGUCCGCGCAGCAGCCGAGAACACCUUGUCACGAAGAUCGAUGAGGAGUACUUCAUUUUACAAUGUCGUCGGUGUCUUGGGGUCGCACAUAGCAAACAUGAUGUAUCCCCUCAUCUGGGCCGCUGUGCUGUCUGCAAGGAAGAUGGCGCAAUAUCCCAGCCGCUGAGAGAGCGUCUUACGUCCAAGGAAGAACAACAGCAACGUGUAGCAAAUGGUGGUACAGACCCGGUUACUCAUGUUGACAUGUCUCGCGUCAACAACAUCGAUGAUGUCCUCUUCCGAUGCGCAAGUUGCCAGCGGGCUUUCCAUUUUGAGCAUCUUGCUGCAGAACCGUCCCAGGAUAUGUCGGAGGUUAUCUCGCAUUACACGACUCAUUGGCAGUGCCAAGACUGCACCGAUGCUCCUGGCGAUAUCGAAGCUCUAGUUGCAUGGCGUCUGGUAAAACCGCCCGCCAAGGGCGUGAAACUUUCUGUGGCUGAGCUUAUCCCAGAGGUGGAAAAGGAGUACCUCGUCAAGUGGAAGCUCAAGUCGUAUUUCCGCAAUACCUGGAUGCCUGGAGACUGGGUUUGGGGUAUGAGUAACGCCGCCAUGCGCCGUGCCUUUUUCAACUCCCCCAAGGCCCGGAAGCCAAUUUGGACAACCGAGGAAGCAGUUCCGGAAGAGAAUCUACGAGUUGACAUCGUUUUUGACGUGACCUUUCCUCCUGGUACCGGCCUUGAUGAUCAGACCAACCCUGAGCUAGUCAAAGAGGCCUAUGUCAAAUACAAGGGCUUGAAUUAUGAGGACUCGGUCUGGGAAUCGCCUCCGGACCCUAAGGAAACUGCUCGCUGGGAAGACUUUAAGCUGGCUUUCAAUGACUGGCUGUACCGCGAUACUAUCGAUCCGCCAGAUCGACAUGCACUCAAAACUCGUCUCGCCAAUACCAGGCGCCUGAACUUUGAACAAGAUCUGGUUCUCAGCACGCAGCCCGAACUGAUCACCGGGGGCCAACUUAUGGAUUACCAGCUGGACGGUGUAAAUUGGCUGUAUUACAUGUUUUUGAAGCAGCAAAACGCCAUCCUGGCCGAUGACAUGGGUCUUGGCAAGACGGUUCAGGUGAUCUCGCUGAUAGCAGCCUUGGUUGAGAAGCACCAGUGCUGGCCAUUCCUUGUUGUUACCCCAAACUCAACCGUUCCCAACUGGCGUCGUGAGAUCAAAACGUGGGCCCCCGGAAUUCGGGUUGUCACUUACUUUGGCUCAGCAUUCGCACGUCAGAUGGCAAAUGAUUACGAGAUGUUUCCACAGCGCGCCAGAGCUCUCCGAUGUCAUGUUGUGAUUGCUUCGUAUGAGAGCAUGGUCGACGAAGAGGCCAAGAGAAUCUUGAACAAGAUCCACUGGGCAGGCUUGAUCGUUGAUGAAGGACAGCGCCUCAAAAAUGACAAGUCACAGCUGUACGAACGGCUUUGCCGUAUGAAGUUUGACUUCAAGGCGCUUCUUACAGGCACCCCUCUCCAAAACAACAUUCGAGAAUUGUUCAACUUAAUUCAAUUCCUUGAUCCCGAGAAGGAUGCCGACGAAUUGGAGGAACAAUAUGGCGACCUGACGGCGGAGAACAUUCGAUCUCUUCACGACAUGAUCCGUCCAUUCUUCCUUCGUCGUACCAAAGCCGAAGUUCUGCCUUUCCUUCCACCCAUGGUGCAGAUCAUUAUCCCAGUCUCGAUGUCUGUUGUGCAAAAAAAGUUGUACAAGUCGAUUCUGGGAAAGAACCCGCAGUUGAUCCAGGCCAUUUGCAAAAAGCAAACGGGCCAGCUAAAGAAGGCUGAAAGGCACAACUUGAACAACAUUCUCGUACAACUUCGGAAGUGCCUUUGCCAUCCUUUCAUCUACAACAGGGCGAUCGAAGAACAGACAAAUGACCCAGAGGUGGCUUUCCAGCGCUUGGUCGAGGCUUCUGGCAAGCUCAAGCUGCUCAAUAUCAUGCUACCGAAACUUCAAGAGCGUGGACAUAGGGUUCUGAUUUUCAGUCAAUUCCUGGAGAAUCUUGAUAUCGUCGAAGAUUUUCUUACUGGCCUCGAAUUUCCAUAUUGUCGACUGGAUGGAAAGUUGACUGCUCGACAGAAGCAGCAACAAAUCGAUGCAUUCAAUGACCCCGACUCGCCGUUCUUCGCUUUCUUGCUGUCGACUCGGUCUGGUGGCGUGGGCAUCAACCUUGCCACUGCUGACACGGUUAUCAUUAUGGAUCCGGACUUCAAUCCGAAGCAGGAUAUGCAAGCUCUGUCCCGUGCCCACCGAAUCGGUCAAAAGAAUACUGUUUUGGUCUUCCACUUAACCACCCGGGCAUCGGUAGAAGAGAAGAUCAUGCAAAAGGGCAAGAAAAAGCUGGCACUCGAUCAUGUACUGAUUGAGCGCAUGGAAGCUAGCGAAGAGGAGGAAGAUUUAGAAUCCAUUCUCAAACACGGCGCCCAAGCUUUGUUUAAUGAUGACGAUUCGCCAGACAUUCAUUACGAUGUGGAAUCCAUCAACAAGCUGCUCGACCGCAGCCAGGCGGAAAAGGCUGAGCAAAUCGCUGCAGAUACUCCAGGUUCUUCCACAGAUCAGCCCCAAUUUAGCUUCGCGCGUGUGUGGCAGAACGAUCGUGGCACUCUUGAGGAAGUCACUGAAACAGAGGAAAGCGCGGUUGAUGCCACUGUCUGGGAGGAGAUCCUCCGCGAGCGCGAACGCGAUGCUCAAGAAGAAGCAUUCCGAAAAGCAGAGGGACUAGGACGUGGCAAGCGCAAGCGAGCCACAGUCAACUACCAAACUAUCCGAGAAGAGGAUGAUCCCAAUGACCCCGACGUGACGAUGUCGUCUCCUGUCAAGGCGCGCAAGACUGGCGACAGUGAUGUCGAGUUCCAGGGGGUUGAUGAACCCGAAGAAAGUGACUUUGCCGAGGAUGCAGAUGCUAUGGAGGAUGUCACCGGCAUUCAAGACACGGCGCCUCCAAAGCAAUUGAAGUCUGCCCCUUUCCAGCGUGUGCAGUCCCCGCCCCCGCACCCGCCCCCGGCACCUGGAUUCAGCUUCGGGAUGGAUGGUGCUUUCAAUCCCCCUCCGCGGUGCAUUGCAUGCAACCAGUGCCACUUGCUUGGCCGUUGCCGGCUGAAGCAGGCUGGUCUUGAACAUUGCCCCUUGUGCGGUCUAGCGCACUUUGGUGGAAGACGUUCUUGUUCGCACUUCCAUUCUGAAACCCAAAUCCGUCGCAUGAUGGAGACUUUGCGACAGAGUACUGAAGACCCAGAGCUUGUCUCUGCUGCCAAGAAGUACUUGAAGGGUGUUCUUGGUCACCUCCAAGCUGCCCGCAAGAAGGCGUCGACCAUGAUAGAAGGUGUCACAAUGAGUGACCCGAUACCGUCGGCUACAUCGCAGGCCCCGGCUGGUGUUUCCAUGCAUUCUAAUAUCAUUGCCACCAAGCCUCAGCCCUUACAGAGCCCAUACGCUUCCAUUGCCACACCUGCAACCGCUCAGAACGAAGCAUCUUCGUAG